GGCCUCUUUGAAAACACACCGCUAGAAACUCAUAAGGCGGUGCGGAGUAUACCUAGUAUAAUGUACAGGCCGCUAUUUUAUCCCUCUUCUUUCAUCGACGUCCUUCAACUUCGCCAUUUUGGGCUUCCCACAUACACCUCCGCUGGUACCACUGGGUGUGGGUAAUUGAGUUACUAAACUAGCUCUAUUCCCGAUAACCAAAGAUUGCCUUGCUUGGCAAACGGUGAGUACAUGAAAGAGCUUGGAAAAGAGAUUUCCAGUGCCACUUUGCAUGAGUUGAUUGACUGGAAAUGGACCUAAGCUGCAGGCAUUCUUUUUCGUUUACAUGAUGCCUCCCCAGAACGGACAUCCAGCUGCCUUUGCGACGCCUUGUCGACCCAUUCGCCAACGUGGGUUGGACACGACACAAAGGGUCAGCGAAGCCGAGUCAGCUCUUCGCAUGGUGCAUCGCAUCCAGGAUUGCGCCGAGGCUAACAGAGAGCCGGAGGAGAUGCCUACUCGCAGCCGUUUAAAUCCCAUCGUUACUCUUCCUAAUAGAAACGGUACAGCUGGUCACGAUUGCUCUGACCAGCCAAGGGGUAUUGCGGAAGCACACAACUGCCGAUAUCAAAUCAGGCCAGCGCGGAGCAUGGCCUAUUCCCGCACACGCUAUUCAACAGCGGCCUUGCCAGCACGAGGACAUGGCGACAUGACCCUGGAAGCGAAGGGGUUGGGAACUAACGCAGAAGCACGAAUAGGGCAAUCAUUCUACGGAGUACAAGCCGAUAAUGAGAUGUACCAUGCAUCAGCGCGCAUGCACCAAGAUCCCAGGCUAUCCCCUUCUUCUUCUACUACUACUUCUACGUCUUACAGUAUGUAG